GCUGCCCGCGCCGCUCCCUCGCCGGGCGGGCGCGGGGCCGCCCUUGGCCGCGGGCAGGGAGAGCCGGGAGCAGCGCCCCGUCCUCGGGGCCCCGGGUGCCUGUCAGCGGGCUGCUCUUCGCCGGGUAGGAUUUCGUGAACAGAACCUUAUUUCCUGAUAAGCUUCCAGAGGAUUCGUUCAUGCCUUAUUUUCCUUAGGGCUAUUACUGGAUAUGGUUCUUCCAAAGAUUCAGAUGACUGGUUGGGCAAAAGACCUUGAGCAAAAUUCUGUACUGUGCAUGCCAGAUGUGUUCAGGAACUGAUUUACUCACUGUAGCGCAAAAUAGCUGCUCUUGGUUGAAGCACUGAAUCCAUUCAGAUGAAGAGUGUCAAAAGGAGUCUACGAAUGAGACACCAAGAUGGCAGUUCCACUGGGGAAUGAGAGGUUGAGGAAAUGGACUAAUGCAUGAGUGCUGGGAUGUCUGUCCAAGAAAAGGAUGUUAAAACGUGGACUCUCAUGUUAUUAAACCAGAGAAGAUCUGGGUUGUGAUCAUCCUAUCAAAAUGGACUUUACAUUUGAAUUAAUCAGUGAUAUCCAAUGAUGGAUCUGUUUGAGAACUGAGUGGCAAAAUUUUCCUUUUGGGUUGUUUUUGCAUGACAGGCAAAUUAAUUUGGUAAAAGAUCUGUUGCUAUUGCUUUUGAGAAAAUGUAAUUUAUAAAGUGACUUUAAAUAAAAGGUUUUGGUUUAUUUCACACUUUGUGUUUGUCCUUUCUGGCUGAAUAUUUUUUAUUGAGUUGAUACUGAAGUGGGUUACAUUUUUGGUUGCUAUUAAACUGAGAAAUUCUUUUAGCUAAGUACUGGAGGCAAGGUAAAAUUUUGUGCUAUACUGGGUAUCAAAUGUGGUUUUCAUUUGCAAAUUAUGUUCACUUUGCCAUGACUUCCAAUGAAUUUUUAUUCUCUGGCUUGUUCAUUCAGGUGCUUAAUAUGAGGGGUUUUCAGUACUUGGCCUAUUGUCAGGGCACUGCUGCUGAACUUUGUGAAGUUAUUUUAAGAUGGAAUUGAUACCAAUUGAAGGCUGAGAAAAUACGACAAUAAAAGAGUACUUGAAUGUUUUGUGUAACUUUUUUAGGUAUGUUCUUGGGUUGUGUGUGGGUACAGAAACUUUUCAACAGAUUUCCUGGACUACAGACUUCCUGAACAGUCUCUUUGGUCUUAAAACUGUUCUGUGCAAGUGUCCAAUGUGCUUCACUGCUCUUGCAUGUAGCCUUAGUGUCACAAUACUCUGCCAUGUUGGUGAGAGAAAAUUAGUUAUUUUUGAUAUGGCUACAGAUGACAUACUUACCUUUGCAAAUUAAUUCUAAAAUGGUUCUAAUAUUCAAAGUCAUUAUUUCCUUACAGGUGUCUGGGUGGAUCUAAUAAUUUAACUGUAGGCAUUUCUUUUUUGUAUGUUUCACCCGAAACUCAAAGUUGUCUUUGUUUUGUGCUGGAGGGUCAAGAUGGUGAACCUGGUGCUGAGAGAAUCUUGAAAUUGUAUUUGAAAACCCAAACAAAAUCCUGUUCAUUGUCUGUGUUUAACCGUUUGCCUUGCUCAGACUUUUUUGGAAAUGCCCAUUUUUGCCAUGAUGAGUUGCUCAUACCUGUUCCAUCCAGCCAUUUUGGUGGUGCAUGCUUGCCCCAGUUUGGUUUUGCCAUGUGUUUUUAUGGUGGAGUUGGAUUCUGGGAUCACCAUGAAGGGUUCUCAUUCAAAUGAGUGGAUUUCUUUAGUCUUACCAGAAAAUGUUUGGAAUGGUCUUGCAUUGUGGUUUUUUAAUUCUUGCAGUUGAGAUGCAAGGAGUCUUCUGUGAAUUAUUGGUAAAGUGGAAUUUUUUUAAAUGGUUUGUGGCAUUGGGGAGUUCCUAAUGAAGCCCCUUGUGGAAAGAGGAUGGAUGGUUGUAGGAGAUAAAUGGCAGAUCCCUGGAGGAAUUAAAGGGGAUGGUGUUGGUUCUACUGGUCGAAGCCAAUGGUUUUGGGCUGUUGGGGUGCUGAGCCAUGGAUGUUCCCACAGAACCCCAAACUAGCCCAUUGCCCCUUUGUCCUCCAGUGGGCCCCCAGUGGCUGGUGGCUCUUGUCUUGUUGUGAUGCUUAUGAACAUGCAAGAUGUUCUUGUGCUUUGAGGGCUUGGUUUUGGUCGUGGAAGACAACUGGUAGUCAGAAUCAGGUGGUCAGGGGAUGCUUGGGUCACCUCCAUUCCCAUGGUGAUACAUCCUCUCAAUUCCAGGAUGUCGUGUUGGAGAUGUCCAUUGAUUGAUUUGCAAUUGUGCAGCUUGGCUAUUGUGCAGCUUUAAAAUUAAUUUGUCGCGUUAAAAUCUGUUAAUGAGCAUGAAUGGGUUAAGAAAGUGCAUUAGAAACGAGCAGUUUGAUGGUGUUGGACUGCCUUGGGCGCAGUGCCUUGGUGUAGCUGGUGGCAGUGCUGUGGCUGCUGCAUUUGAGUUGUUGGGGGAACCACUAGGGAGGCGCUGUGGAGCUGCAGGGCAGUCUCAGCUCUGUGGGCUUGGCUUGGGAGCUGCUGAUGCUGCUGUCCACCCCUGCCAGUGCCAGCACUGGGGGGCAAAGGGAAGAGCUCUUGUCUGGGGGUUCUGCCUCCAAACUGGGGGGAAGCUGCCCCUUGGGUGGGGUGACCCCAGGGUGGGCUGCUGCUGCCUGCAUGGCUGUGAGCUCCACUUCCAUGCCUUCAAAAUGGCUUGUAACAGCACCACUUCCUGUCCAGGGAGGAAGUAAUUUUAGCCCAGGCACUGAAAUAUUUAACAAAUCUUUAAAACAAAAGGCACAAAUUCCAUUUCUUUCUGGCUUCCAAAGGGUGCCUGAGCCACAUGGGGUUAAGGUGCCCCUUGAGCUGGGGUAGUUGGAGGGAGCCAGGGCUGUGGGGUAGCAGGCACCCUUUAGGUGGAGGCUCUCUCUUUUUUUGGUAGAAAUGAAGGGGUGGGUCUAUGGUACAUCACCUGAGUUGUGGGGUAAAUGUAGAGAGUGUCAAUCAAAGGCAGAGCUCAGAGCUGGGAAGGAGCUCUAGAUGGCGGCUGUGCCUUAGAGAGAGCGCGCUCAGCUCCGUGCCUUCCCCAACACUUUACGCAACUUUCCCUAACUUUCAGGCAGCCUCAGGGGGCCCCCACAGCCCCUUGCCUCUCCUAGGCACUAAUCGGGGGCCGAGCGGACCUUUUUCGGGCAGAAAAGCAGCUUUUGAGGGCUCCCUUUUCGUGCCUUGCUGGAAAGAAGAAGCCGUGGAGAGAGCCCAGGUCGUUGUUUUUCCAGCUUAGAAGCCAUGGCGUACCUCCAUUUUUGUGCGCUCUCCUAAUGAGCUUUUUCCCCCGGACAUUUUUGUACUAAUUACCGCUUCUUUUGCUUUAUCGGCAGCAUAUUUUUGGGAUUAGAAUAUAUAUUUUUUUUUCAUUUUCUGAAAUUUGUAUUUUAUCGGUAUAAUUACAAAUAUUUUGGAUCCGAUGUUUUUCCACUACCCGAAACUAAUAUCGACUUGGUCCUGGCGGCGGUGCAUGGAUCAGGUAGGUGAGCAAUUAAUAAUAAUAAUUUUUAGAUUUCUGCCGUUUUGAAUACUUUGAUUUUCGACCGAUUUGUGCUGUAUUGGGAUGACGCAAUAAGAUACAGAGAUUAUUUGCAUCCAGUGUUACUUUGGGAAAGUUUGCAGGAUGCUCCUCUCCUGUGUUUAUUCUCGGAUUUUUCUUGUAAAAAUGAUUAUUUGUUUUAAAUCUCCGGUUUGCCGUGUUGAUCAGUGCUGUGUAUUGUUAUAACAAUAUCAUUGCAGCGUCAGGACUUUGUUCCUGAUAAUGAAAGCCAGUGAAACGAACUGGGACCUUACCUUUCUUUCAACUUUUGACAGUAAAUACCUGGGCACAGGACUUCAAAGCAAACAGACACCCCUGACCCCCUUUUAAUAUUUAAGAAUAAAAAGAUGAUGAGAAAUAAGGACAAAAGCCAAGGAGAGGAGGGUUCAGUCCACAGCAAUGCAUCGAGUCACUCGGCAUCCGAAGAAGCCUCUGGCUCUGACUCUGCAAGCCAGUCUGAAAGUGAGCAGGGCAGCGAGUCAAACAGCAGCUCCGAGUCCUCUGAGAGUCAGUCUGAAUCCGAAAGUGAAUCAACGGGUUCCAAAUCCCAGCAGACCCCUCCUGAAACCAAAGAAAAACCAGCCUCUAAGAAGGAAAGGAUAGCAGAUGUUAAAAAGAUGUGGGAAGAAUAUCCUGAUGUUUAUGGGGUUAGGAGGUCAAACCGAAGCAGACAAGAACCGUCACGAUUUAAUAUAAAAGAUGAGGCAAGUAGCGAGUCUGAAAAUGAGAGCCCAAAAAGAAGACGCCAGAAGCAGUUGAAAAGAAAAAUUAAAUGGAAAAGAGAGGUGUCUGCUGGAGAAGAGGAUGAAGAUGGAGGGGAGCAAGGCACCAGUGGAGAGAGUGAGCCUGAGCCGAAGAAAAUUAAAGCAAGAAGACCUGUCCAGAGGAGAACAGUGGCCAAAACUGGUGUUAAAAAGCCCCACAAAAUCCAGCGUGGGAAGAGGAAGAAACCAGACUCGUCUGAAGAUGACGACGAUGACGAAGACGAUGAGACCCCCAAGAGACAAACUCGGCGAAGAGCAGCCAAAAAUGUCAGCUACAAAGAGGAUGAUGAUUUUGAGACGGAUUCUGAUGACCUGAUAGAGAUGACUGGGGAAGGAGCUGAUGAACAGCAAGACAACAGUGAAACUAUUGAGAAAGUCUUGGACAUCAGGCUUGGAAAAAAGGGAGCCAUCGGAGCUUCCACCACCGUGUACGUGACCGAGGCCAACGGGAACCCCAGCGCCGACUUCGACCCCGAGAAGGACGAGGGGGAGGUCCAGUACCUCAUCAAGUGGAAGGGCUGGUCCUACAUCCACAGCACGUGGGAGAGCGAGGAGUCCCUGCAGCAGCAGAAAGUGAAGGGCCUCAAAAAGCUGGAGAACUUCAAGAAAAAAGAGGAGGAGAUCAAGCAAUGGUUGGGCAAGGUAUCACCUGAAGAUGUGGAAUAUUUCAACUGCCAACAAGAGCUGGCUUCAGAGCUAAACAAACAGUAUCAAAUAGUGGAGAGGGUAAUAGCUGUGAAGACCAGCAAGUCUGCCACGGGACAUUCCGAUUUCCCAGCAAACAGUCGCAAAACAUCCUCGAAUGACCCUGAAUACCUGUGCAAGUGGAUGGGGCUGCCCUAUGCCGAGUGCAGCUGGGAGGAUGAGGCUCUGAUCAGCAAGAAAUUCCAGCACUGCAUCGACAGCUUCAACAGCAGGAACAACUCCAAGACCAUUCCCACCCGUGACUGCAAGGUGCUGAAGCAGAGGCCGAGGUUUGUUGCCUUGAAGAAGCAGCCGUCGUACAUCGGCGGGGAGAACCUGGAGCUGCGCGAUUACCAGCUGGAGGGCCUCAACUGGCUGGCUCACUCCUGGUGCAAGAACAACAGCGUGAUCCUGGCUGAUGAAAUGGGACUGGGCAAGACCAUUCAGACAAUAUCAUUCCUGUCAUACCUGUUCCAUCAGCACCAGCUCUAUGGCCCUUUCCUGGUGGUGGUGCCCCUGUCCACCCUCACCUCCUGGCAGAGGGAGUUUGAAGUGUGGGCACCCGAGAUAAACGUGGUGGUUUACAUUGGAGACCUCAUGAGCAGGAACAUGAUACGUGAAUAUGAGUGGAUCCAUUCUCAGUCUAAAAGAUUGAAAUUCAAUGCACUUAUCACAACCUACGAGAUCCUCCUGAAGGAUAAGACUGUCUUGGGAAGCAUUAACUGGGCCUUUCUGGGCGUGGACGAAGCCCAUCGGCUGAAAAACGACGACUCCUUGCUCUACAAAACCUUGAUUGAUUUCAAGUCCAACCACAGGCUGCUGAUCACUGGCACCCCCCUCCAGAACUCUCUCAAGGAGCUCUGGUCCCUGCUGCACUUCAUCAUGCCAGAGAAGUUUGAGUUCUGGGAGGAUUUUGAGGAGGAUCACGGGAAAGGAAGGGAGAAUGGCUACCAGAGCCUUCACAAAGUCCUGGAGCCAUUCCUGCUGCGCAGGGUGAAGAAGGAUGUGGAGAAAUCCCUGCCAGCCAAAGUGGAGCAGAUCCUGCGGGUGGAAAUGUCUGCUCUGCAGAAGCAGUACUACAAGUGGAUUUUGACAAGAAACUACAAAGCUCUUUCAAAGGGAACAAGGGGAAGCACAUCUGGUUUCCUGAACAUUGUGAUGGAAUUGAAAAAGUGCUGCAACCAUUGCUACCUUAUCAAACCUCCCGAGGAAAAUGAGAGAGAGAAUGGCCUUGAGACCCUGCAGUCUUUGAUCAGGAGCAGUGGAAAGCUGAUUCUCUUGGACAAGCUGCUGACCAGGCUGCGCGAGAGAGGCAACAGAGUGCUGAUCUUCUCCCAGAUGGUGAGGAUGCUGGACAUCUUGGCAGAGUACCUGACUAUCAAACACUACCCUUUUCAGCGCUUGGACGGCUCGAUCAAGGGGGAGAUCCGAAAGCAGGCGCUGGAUCACUUCAACGCCGACGGCUCCGAGGACUUCUGUUUCUUGUUGUCAACAAGAGCUGGAGGGCUGGGAAUUAAUUUGGCCUCUGCUGAUACUGUUGUUAUCUUUGACUCGGACUGGAACCCCCAGAAUGAUCUUCAGGCUCAGGCCCGAGCCCAUCGGAUCGGACAGAAGAAGCAGGUGAACAUUUACCGCCUGGUCACCAAGGGGACAGUGGAGGAGGAGAUCAUUGAGAGAGCCAAGAAGAAAAUGGUGCUGGACCAUUUGGUUAUCCAGCGUAUGGACACCACUGGCAGGACUGUUCUGGACAACAACUCUGGGAGAUCCAACUCAAAUCCCUUCAACAAAGAGGAGCUGACAGCUAUUUUGAAGUUUGGAGCUGAAGAUCUUUUCAAGGAGCUGGAAGGGGAAGAGUCAGAGCCUCAGGAGAUGGACAUCGACGAGAUUCUGCGUCUGGCUGAAACCCGGGAGAAUGAGGUGUCCACCAGUGCCACCGACGAGCUGCUCUCACAGUUCAAGGUUGCCAACUUUGCAACCAUGGAGGAGGAAGAGACAGAGCUGGAUGAGCGGUCCCAGAAGGACUGGGAUGAUAUCAUUCCAGAAGAGCAGAGGAAAAAGGUGGAGGAGGAAGAAAGGCAGAAAGAAUUGGAGGAAAUCUACAUGCUGCCUCGAAUCCGGAGCUCAACGAAGAAGGCUCAGACAAAUGACAGUGAAUCUGAUGCAGAGACCAAGAGGAGGCUUCAGAGAUCAUCUGGGUCAGAAAGCGAGACCGACGACACCGACGACGAGAAGAGACCCAAGCGCCGGGGACGCCCUCGGAGUGUCAGGAAAGACACUGUGGAAGGAUUUACUGAUGCUGAAAUCAGGAGGUUUAUCAAGGCUUACAAGAAGUUUGGAUUGCCUCUUGAAAGGCUGGAGUGCAUUGCCCGGGAUGCUGAGCUGGUGGACAAGUCUGUGGCUGACCUGAAGCGUUUGGGGGAGCUCAUCCACAACAGCUGUGUGUCAGCAAUGCAGGAAUAUGAGGAGCAGCUGAAGGAAAAUCCAGCAGAAGGGAAAGGACCUGGAAAGAGACGAGGUCCUACCAUCAAGAUUUCUGGUGUCCAAGUCAAUGUGAAAUCCAUCAUCCAGCACGAGGAGGAGUUUGAAAUGCUGCACAAAUCCAUUCCCUCGGACCCAGAGGAAAGGAAGAAGUACCGCCUGACGUGCCGUGUCAAAGCUGCUCAUUUUGAUGUAGACUGGGGAGUGGAGGAGGAUUCUCGCUUGCUGGUGGGAAUUUACGAGCAUGGCUAUGGAAACUGGGAGCUGAUCAAAACAGACCCGGAGCUGAAGCUGUCUGAUAAGAUCCUACCAGUUGAGACAGAUAAGAAACCUCAGGGAAAACAGCUCCAGACCCGAGUUGAUUAUCUACUGAAACUGCUGAAAAAAGAUCUGGACAAGAAAGAAAACAUGAAAGAUGGGGAAGAGGGCAAGCUAAAGAAGAGGAAACCCCGAGUGAAGAAGGAGAACAAGGCUCCCAAAGUCAAAGAUGAGCAUGGGAAUGAGCUCUCCUCCCCUCGGCACUCAGACAACCAGUCAGAAGAAGGUGAAGUCAAGGAGGAUGGCUUGGACAAGAGCCCAGUGAAAAAGAAACAGAAGAAGAAAGAGAACAAAGAGAACAAGGAAAAACAGACAUCAUCUAAGAAAGAAAAGGAGAGCGAUAAGGAGAAAAAGAAGACAAAAGACAAGAAGGAGAAGCCUAAAGGUGCAGAGGCCAAAUCUGGAAGUAAAGGGAAGAGAUCACAGGGUCCUGUCCACAUCACUGCAGGGAGCGAGCCAAUCCCCAUUGGAGAAGAUGAGGAUGAUGAUCUGGACCAAGAAACAUUCAGCAUAUGCAAGGAAAGGAUGAGACCAGUCAAAAAAGCACUGAAGCAACUUGAUAAGCCUGAUAAGGGACUGACAGUCCAAGAACAGCUGGAGCACACACGAAACUGCCUCCUGAAAAUCGGUGAUCGCAUCUCUGAGUGCCUUAAAGCCUACACUGACCAGGAUCACAUCAAGCUGUGGAGAAGGAACUUGUGGAUAUUUGUGUCAAAAUUCACAGAAUUUGAUGCCAGAAAACUACACAAACUCUACAAGAUGGCUCAUAAGAAAAGAUCACAGGAAGAGGAGGAGCAGAAGAAGAAGGAGGACAUGUCCAGCAUGAAGAAGCCGUUCCGCCCAGAGCCGUCAGGCUCCAGCCGCGAUUCCGUGAUGUCCCAGUCCCACGUGCCUCACAAUCCCCACUCCCAGAAGAUCCACAUGCCCCCUUCCCACACCCAGCAGCAGAUGCACGGCCACCCCCGGGACAACUACGGCCACCCAAACAAGAGACAUUUCAGCAACACAGACCGAGGAGACUGGCAGAGGGAUCGAAAGUUCAACUACGGCGGCAACAGCAACCAGAUGUGGGGCGGGGAGCGGCACCACCAGUACGAGCAGCACUGGUACAAGGACCACCACUACGGGGAGCGGCGCUCGCGGGGGGACCCCCACCGCAGCUCCGGCAACUACCGACCAAACAACCUGUCCCGCAAGCGGCCCUACGAGCAGUACAACAGCGACCGCGACCACCGCGGCCACCGCGACUACUACGACAGGCACCACCACGAUUCCAAACGCCGGCGGUCCGAGGACUUCAGGCCUCAGAACUACCACCAGCAGGAUUUCAGGAGGAUGUCUGACCACAGGCCACCCAUGGGCUACCACGGGCAAGGACCCUCGGACCACUACCGGUCCUUCCACACAGACAAACUGGGCGAUUACAAACAGCCCCUCCCUCCAUCCCACCCUCCGGUGUCGGACCCUCGCUCGCCCCCCUCUCAGAAAUCCCCCCACGAUUCCAAGUCACCUCUCGAUCACAGGUCACCUCUGGAUAGGUCAUUGGAACAGAAAAACAACCCAGAUUAUAACUGGAACAUUCGGAAAGCGUAGAGCGACGGAGAGGGCGAAGGGCACGUCCGAGAUCCUGGGACUGGUGCGACGGUGGCUGCUUUCUCCAAGCCAGCAACCAGAAACUCUGAACAUGCUGCUAUCAUCUGGCUGGGUCAAGGAGGAAUUUGGGGGAGUGGGUGGAGGAAGAUUUUCCCUAGUUCUUGAUUCUGGUUUAGAUUCCCAUUUCCUUUCCCCUUUUUUACCAUUGAACUGUUCUGUCAUGGAACCAGCCUUGCUGCCUCGUUUGUUGUUUUGUUUUUGUUUUCCUCAGUCCAAUGGACCCAAGGGAGUUUUUCCUCAGCCAGUGUUUCCUCAGAAGGAGAAGGCAGAUUGGUGCUGCUUAGGAUGGUGCAGAAGGCUGUGUGCCUGCUCUGACUUGAUGUUACGUGACAGAUGCUGCUUUGGGGUUGGGGAUAAACUGGUUGGGCUGGGAUUUGUGUGUCACCAGCAUGGGGCAAUAUAUUCAAGGAAGGACAGGGAAGUCCCUCAGCAGCCAAACUUGGUUGAAAGAGGGACUUGAUGUCCCUGCAGAAUGACUCCAAACGAGCUGGAGCCAUGCUGGUGACAAUUCAUCACUUUCCUGGCCAUGUUAUCAUUUUCAUGUCUUUAUCCAUUUCAAGAAACUGGCUCUGCUUUGAUUGCUGUUGUGUCCCCUGCAACAGAAGAGGUGGGGGGAUCUUCCUCCCUUCUCCAGAGCUGGAACUGGCAAAUCUUGACUCUGGGGUUAAGUGUGAGCUGGCGAAAAAAGGCCAACAAAAGGCUUAGUUCACUUCUAACCAUCAGGAAAGAAAUUGGGGUAAGAACAGUAUUUCCUGGUGGACAGGGCUCUGGAGUUCAUAACAAAACUCUUCUGGCAUGGGCAGCUUGGGUGGUCCAGGAAGUAACAGAUGCUGGCUGGGAGGUGCAAGAUCAAAAGAUGGCUCUGGGGAUACUGGAACUCCUAAUCUUCCUGCCACUAAAGUCUCUGGUCUUUGGGCAAAUCAUUUCUCUCUGUGCUUCACAAAGCAGUGAUCACAAACCUUUACUGUAACUGAAGGAUAGGGGAUGGUAGAGCAAGGUGAAAUAGGAAUCCAGUGUAGUGAUCACUGCUCAGGGAAUGGUCACCUUCCAGCAGUCAGCAGUGACUCUGAAUUGCUAAAAGUACCUGCACUUAUAGACCUUUUGUUUGUCUAAAUUGGAAAUGAACCUGAGGACUUGGCACCUCAGUGAGCAGGGACAGAAUGAGGAAUUCCUUGGAACAAAUGUCUUAGAGCCCAGCGUGGCAGAGGGAAAAGAGGAAUGUGCAGCCCAGCUCAGUGAACUUCAGGGCAAACACUCCAAGUAUUCAAACCACAGUAUUUGAUGCAGACCAGCAUCCAUCCUGGACACUGGUGAGGUGAGGGGUUGGUUGUGCACAUCCUGCUGGCCAGAAGCACCUUGAGUGAUUAUUUUUCAGAUUGGAGUUCCCUGGAGACCACAAAUGCUGCCCUGAGCGUAGUGUCUGGGGCUGCAUCACCACCCAGAGCUCAGUAUUAAAGACCAGGCUGUUCCAGACUCCUGUUUGGCAGGGCACAGAAGCUGGGCCUCCUAUUAAGAUGCCAGUAUUUGACUCUAAUAAGCUGUGAUGUCCCUUUCCCAAAGGACUGAGGGCAGAUGGGUGUUCAGGGCUGGCUUCCUGACUCCAGGCAGUGCCUUGGAAGGUGCAUGCAAACUGACACUAAAACUCCUCCAUGCAGUGUAUCCCUGGAAAUCUGCUGCCACCACUCCUCCCCAUCCCGCUGCUC